AUGAGUAAUAAGGAAGAGCAUGUUGAUGAGACUUCCGCAAGUGGUGUCAAGGAGGUUAGUUCUAUAGCUGCUAGACAUGACAAUGGUUACGCGCCUUCGCUAAUCACGUCGACGUCGGGCAUGGACUCCUUUCAAUCGCACGCGCUACUGAAUGAUCCAACCCUAAUAGAGGAUUAUUCAGAUAUCAUUAAUAAUAGGCCUACAAGUGGAAGUAAACUUACUUUAGGAAACGAGGAUUCGGAGAGUAUGGGCGGAAGUGUUGUGGUGACUCCGACUUCGAAUAAGAGUUCGCCCUUCAAUUCGAAACUUAAUAUACUGAGUAAUGCGGCAGAAAAGGGCCAUGAUGUUCUGCGAAAUAGAGAUGAUGACAAAGAGUUAGAGGAGGAGAACGUGGAAAAACAUAUGCAUAGCAACAGUAAAAGGGAUCAGCGACAUUACAAAGAAAAUUCUUCGGAAUUGCCCGACUCAUAUGAUUAUUCGGAUUCUGAAUUUGAGGACAAUUUGGAAAGAAGGCUACAAGAGAUCGAAACUGAUUCCGUGGAUAGCGCCGAUAAGGAUGAGGUGCAUUUUUCAGUGAAUAAUACAAUGAACCCUGACGUUGACGAUUUUAGUGAUGGCUUGAAAUACGCCAUCUCGGAGGACGAGGAUGAAGAGGAAAACUACUCUGAUGACGAUGACUUUGACAGAAAAUUUCAAGAUUCAGGGUUUCAAGGGGAGAAAGACGAUUUGGAGGAGGAAAACGACGAUUACCAACCCUUAUCGCCGCCAAGAGAACUGGACCCUGAUAAACUAUAUGCUUUAUAUGCGUUCAAUGGCCAUGAUUCUUCACAUUGUCAAUUAGGGCAAGACGAACCUUGUAUACUUUUGAAUGACCAGGAUGCCUAUUGGUGGCUGGUUAAGAGGAUCACUGAUGGUAAAAUCGGGUUUGCGCCAGCGGAAAUUCUAGAAACCUUUCCAGAAAGACUAGCUCGAUUGAAUUGCUGGAAAAAUGAAAACAUGUCUUCUCAAUCGGUUGCUUCCUCCGAUUCGAAAGAUGAUUCCAUCAGCUCUGGUAACAAGAAUCAAAGUGAUGCAGAGAGUAUAAUUCCGACACCUGCACUGAAUGGAUAUGGUAAGGGGAACAAAUCUGUUAGUUUCAAUGAUGUUGUCGGUUAUGCAGACAGGUUUAUAGAUGAUGCAAUUGAAGAUACCUCGUUAGAUAGUAACGAUGAUGGCGGUGAAGGCAAUGGACAGUCGUACGACGAUGAUGUUGAUAACGACAAGGAAACAAAAGUAACGCACCGGGACGAAUACACUGAAGCGAAGUUAAAUUUUGGCAAAUUCCAGGAUGAUGAUACGAGCGAUGUAGUGAGCGACGUCUCCUUUAGUACAUCUUUGAAUACACCACUAAAUGUGAAAAAAGUUCGGAGACAAGACAACAAAAACGAAAGUGAGCCUAAGACAUCAUCGAGUAAAGACAGAGAAGAUGAUUAUAAUGCAAAUCGGUAUGUGGGGCAAGAAAAGUCUGAACCGGUUGACAGUGAUUACGAUACCGAUCUGAAAAAAGUAUUUGAAGCGCCUCGUAUGCCAUUUGCGAAUGGUAUGGCAAAAUCAGACUCUCAAAAUUCCCUUUCAACAAUUGGCGAGUUUUCACCGUCGUCGUCAGAAUGGACAAACGAAUCACCAUCCACUCCAAUAGUUGAAGAAAGCAGCAGUAUUCCAUCAUCUAGAGCAAUAAAGGACAUUUCACAAUAUAUUCAUGCAAAAUCGAAAAUUGAAGAGACAACAAACGUGGAAAACACAGAGGGGCAAAUUCAAGCCAGCUUGGGGUCUAGUGGAGGAAUGGCAAAUCAAACUGACGCAGAACAACCUAAAGAGGAGCUAGAAAAACAUCACAGUACCCCCGAAGAAGAAAAGCAAUCAACCUUAUCGUUACACUCAUCAUCUGAAGAAGAUUUUUAUAUGGAUGAACAAAGGGCGGUAUCAUCAGCAAGCAUAAAUAGUUCACUUUCCGGAUCAAGGGCAUUGUCUAAUACCAAUAUGUCCGAUCCGGCUUCGAAGCCCAAUUCUUUGGUUCAACAUCUCUAUGCUCCAGUUUUUGACAGAAUGGAUGUGUUGAUGAAACAAUUGGAUGAAAUUAUUCGUAAAUGA